AUGGCCAAGUACAGAAGAAAAAAAUUAGGUCUCGCCGAGAAGGGGUACCUCGUCGCGGCCACGAGGCGGAGCACGCCAUCCCACUUGGGGGCCGGUGCAGGCUGCUCGCCGUCGGCGUCGAGUCAGAGGGGAACUUGGCGGAGGCAGGCUGGCCAUGGGCGCGGCCGAGGCCGCUACGGCCGCGGCGGAGGGGAAGCAUGGUGGGGUGCGAGCGAUGCAGCGCAGAUGUGGAAGAAAGGAUGGGGAAGGGCGUGGGCCGGGCGUGAACAGGGUCGUGGCGGCGCUGGCUUCACCUGGGUCCAGGAGCAUGGCGGUUCGGCGCUGCUGGUGCUGCCGUGCUCGCACGGUGGUGAUGUGGCCCGGCAGGUGCUAGGCCCACUGGCGCCGGUCAUCUUCGAGCACAAAGAUGAGGGACAGCCUAGAUAUGUUGCCAUACUCUGGCUAGCACUCUCCGGCUUGCCACGAGCUUGCCAGGCUUCAAAUCGAGCAAAUCCUCGACGCUAUCUCACAUGGUACGCCCACCUGAAUACACUUUCCAGAUGGAUAGUGUAUCCAGGUGGGCGCGCCAUGCUAGAUAGCGUCGAGUUGAGCCCCGGUAAACUUACGGCAAACCGUAGAGUGGUUGCCGAGUAUGGGAACAUUGUCCGGGCCCUUGCUCGUAUUUGUGCUAGAAGAGCUCCAGCGCUCCAAGACUGA